ACUAGCGGCUGGAUGGCGCGGGGCGGAGCACGGCGGGCAGCGGCCCUGGGCCUGGCGCUGCGGCUGCUGUUCACUCUCGGACUAGGCCUAGAGGCCGCCCCGACCCAUAACAGGACCUCACUCCCAGCCCCAGGCCCCAGCACUGGCUCCUGCCAGCCCACCAAAUUCCAGUGCCGUACCAGUGGCUUGUGUGUGCCCCUCACCUGGCGCUGUGAUGGUGACCUGGACUGCAGGGAUGGCAGUGAUGAGGAUGAGUGCAGAAUUGAGCCAUGUACCCAGAACAGCCAGUGCCCACCACGCCCUGCCCUCCCUUGCUUGUGUGAUAACAUCAGCAGUUGUCCUGGUGGCAUGGACAAGAACCUUCACAACUGCAGCCGCCGGCCCUGCCCAGCAGGCCAGCUGCCUUGCAUGCUGAGCAAUGUCUGCAUCCCACACACAUGGCGCUGUGAUGGCCACCCGGACUGUGCCGACUCCAGUGAUGAGCUUGGCUGUGAAACCAAUGAGACCUUCCAGGGAGAGAAUGCCACGACCAUGGGGACCUCUGUGGCCCUGGAGAGUGUCACCUCUCUCAGGAAUGCCACAGCUUCUUUUGUCGGGGACCAGUCUGGAAACCCAAGUGCCUAUGGGGUUAUUGCAGCUGCUGGGGUGGUGAGUGCCAUUCUGGUUGCUGCUACCUUCCUUAUAUUGUUUCGGCUCCGAACCCAAGGGUACUUGCCCCCUCUGGGGCUGUUGGUGGCUGUGAAGGAGUCCCUGCUGCUGUCAGAAAGGAAGACCUCGCAGCUCUGAGGACGAGCUCUCACUGCGGCCCUGAGCGGAUCCAGCCUCAGGGAGAGCUGUGGUGGGGACAUGCAGGCCGCUGCUGGCAUCCCAGCCCUCAGAGACCUGGACUCUUCUGGCCACCUCGAAUCCAGGCUCCUGAAGAUGUGGCCAGAGGCUGGGGAUCUUCAGACACUCCCCUUUGACUUGGGGAGCGUGGAUGAAGAACUGUGCCACAGCCAGAACUGAGGGACUUAGCCCCAGGCCACUCCCAAAGGGUGAGACAGCCCUGUGUUCAGACACUCCUGCCAUCCCAUAGACGGUGCCAAUUAAAGUUCUUUCACAUGUUCUGCCUGACUGUGGGCCUCUGUCUCCUGGGCCUGUGCAGCCUGGGCUCUCUGCUGUACACCUCCUCCAGAUGGAUG